AUGUUUGGAUUGACAGCCGUUGAGGUACUCGCGUUUUGCCUCGGCUGCGGAUUGGUGCUCUCGAUUCUGAUUGUCGUCUGCAAUUGCAUAUCAACCUGUUGGGAGAUGUUCAAAAACAAGAGAAAGAAUAAUAACGUUGAAAAGCUUCCGGAUGAUUACGUCGACGAAAUUCAUCAAAUUCUUCUACGCAACAAAAAGAAACGCGAAUAUGAGUGUGUAAUCGUCGAAUCUCGAUCAGGUUCGCCACGAUUAGAAUAUUUAAAAGACACGAGGUUGAAUCAAAACGGGAGUGCAAAAGUUCGAAUUCCAUUAGAAGAUAUUUCUGAAGAUUCGGCGGAAGAAGUCGAGAAUGCGAAGCGAAGGACAUGGGGUGGAUUAUCGGACACGAUGUUUGAUUCGAUAUCCAUGCCGGAGUGCGACAUUCGAACGGAUUGUAGUGGGUGA